AUGCGCAGCUAUCUCCCAUGGCUCCCCCUCCUCUGGACAGCCCUCGCCCAAGGCAGUGCCCCUCCAGAUCACAAUGGCAGUGACAAUGACAUCCUCCAAUUCGUCGACCCCCUCAUCGGCUCCACAGAUGGAGGCAACGUCUUCGCCGGCGCCAGUCUCCCCUACGGCAUGGCCAAAGCCGUCGCUGACGUCGACGGCCAAAACACCGGCGGAUUUUCCACAGACGGCAGCAAAGUAACCGGCUUUUCUGCAUUGCACGACUCAGGCACAGGUGGAAACCCUUCCCUAGGGAACUUUCCCCUCUUCCCGCAGUUCUGUCCCGAUGAUCGGCUCGACCACUGUCAAUUUCCUAAGGCCAACCGCGCUGUCCACUAUAAGAAUGACUCGGUUGUCGCCCGCCCGGGGUACUUCGCUCUCGGCCUCGACAGCGGUAUCAGCGCUGAGAUGACGAGCACUGCCCACGCGGCGCUCUUCCGCUUUCACUUCCCUCCGACGAAAGACAGCGCAAGUCCCAUGAUCCUCCUAGACCUCACAAACCUCUGGGACAGUCGCCAAAACGCCUCGAUCGACAUCGACGCAGAGACAGGCAGCAUCCGUGCCAACGGCACGUUCCUCCCCAGUUUCGGCGCCGGAACAUACAAGUCCUACGUAUGCGUCGACUUCGCGGGCGCGUCUAUCCACGAUACCGGCAUCUGGGUCAAUGACGGCGCGGACACCGAGCCCAAGCGCUUGCCCUUCGUCCCCCGCGGCUUCAACAACUUCUACCUCCAGGCAGGCGGGUUCGUGCGCUUCAAACAACCCCCCACGGGGACAGUCACUGCGCGAGUGGGUGUCAGCUAUAUCAGCACGGAGCGCGCGUGCGACAACGCCCGCCGCGAGAUUCCCAACCCACUAACCGACUUCGACGCUGUGCGCCGCCGCGCCGAAAACGCCUGGCGGCACAAGUUGAGCCCUGUCUCAGUCGUUCCCGGGCGUGCCAGUCGCGAGUUACAGACGGUGUUCUGGAGCGGUCUCUACCGCACAAUGCUCGAUCCCCAAGACCUAACAGGCGAAAACCCGCUAUGGAACAGCAACGAGCCGUACUUCGACUCCUUCUACUGCAUCUGGGACUCGUUCCGCGCGCAACACCCACUACUCACCAUCGUUGAUCCCGAGGCGCAGUCGCGCAUGGUCCGCAGCUUGCUCGACACAUACCGCCACGAAGGCUGGCUCCCCGACUGCCGCAUGAGUCUCUGUAAGGGCUGGACGCAGGGCGGGUCAAACGCGGAUGUUGUCCUAGCAGACGCCUUCGUCAAGAACCUCACGGGCAUCGACUGGAAGUUAGCAUACGAGGCGCUCGUCAACGAUGCGGAGAACGAGCCUCUCGAAUGGUCUACCCACGGUCGAGGCGGGCUGUCGAGCUGGAAAUCCCUCCACUACAUCCCCUACAAGGACUUCGACCCCGUGGGGUUUGGGACGAACUCGCGUAGUAUAUCUCGGACUGUCGAGUACGCUUAUAAUGAUUUUUGCGUCGCGACUGUGGCGAGGGGUCUGGGCCAUCACGCCGACGCGGAUAAGUACCUCCAGCGCUCAGGCAACUGGAUUAAUCUGUUCAGGGCCGACCAGACGAGUAACAUCAAUGGCUCUGAUCCGGGGUUUACUGGUUUUUUUCAACCGCGCUAUAGGAAUGGGACGUGGGGGUAUCAGGAUCCAAUUGCGUGCAGUGCGCUGGCGUCGUGGUGCUCGUUGACGAGCAAUCCUUCUGAGACGUUCGAGUCCAGCGUGUGGGAAUAUCAAUUCUACGUCCCCCACUCAAUGCGCACCCUCAUCCAAACCCUCGGCGGCGACACCCCCUUCACCUCCCGCCUCGACUUCUUCCACGAAUCCGGCCUCGCAGACCUCGGCAACGAGCCCGUCUUCCUAACAGUCUUCCAAUACCACUACGCGGGGCGACCGGAUCUCUCAGCGGCGCGCGUGCGCUCUUACAUUCCCUCCCGGUUUAAUGCCUCGCAUGGCGGGCUGCCGGGGAAUGAUGAUUCCGGGGCGAUGGGUGCUUUCGCGUUCUUUUCGCUGGUGGGACUAUUUCCGUCGGCUGGGCAGAGUGUUUAUCUGAUUACGCCGCCUUUCUUUGAGGAGGGUUGUGGGGGGGUCUUCUUUUUCGUCGUCUUCUUCUUCUUCUUCCCCGUCUUCUUCUUCUUCUUCUUCCCCGUCUUCAUCUUGGUCGUCUUCGUCUUCGUCGUCUUCGUCGAAUUCCUCGUCUUCCUCGUCGUCCUCUUCUUCUUCGUCGUCUUCUUCGUCCUCUUCUUCGUCCUUUUCUUCGUCCUCUUCUUCGUCCUCUUCUUCAUCUUCAUCUUCAUCUUCGUCUUUCAAAGGAGAAGAAAAACCGGCCAAGCCAGUUUUCAUCCAAAGCGCAGCCCUCAACGGCCACCCAUACAAGAAAAGCUGGAUCAGUCAUGA